CUAAUUUUUUUGUUGCCACUGAGCUGCAGUAUGAGGAUUUCUUUAGUCGGGAAAAAAAUAAGAAAUUAAAAAAAUCAUAUUUUGCAAAUUUUGAAAUUAUGUUAUAGUGCAAUUCAUGUAUAACUAAAUAUAGAAUUUUAAAGGAUUUACAGCUCCUCCUCAAGAGAGACAACUCCUGUCAGCCCACCCCUCUCUACUGGAAGAGUCGCUCUGAUUCCUCUGUCUGCAUCAGUUUCAUUUCAACCUGAUGACUACAGCUGCAGGCACUGUGUGGAGUCAGGCUAUUUGGUCUUUAAAUGUGUAUGGUUAUAUUUGCACCGAUUUUUGCCAUUUGUGCAUUUGCCACCUGUGGAGGAUACCAUGGCCAUCUCCAGAUUAAAGUGGACUGUGCAGCCCGGAUACAGAACAACCUCAGCAUUAAUAUUGAUUUUGGAUAUCCUUUCAGGUUGCAGCAGGUUCAUUUCAGAGCACCCUUGUGUGAAGCAAUGAGAGAAGAAGUGGUUUUCUUUAAUGGCGACUUCUCUGCAGCUGCUCAGUUUUUCGUAACCAUAGGUGUUUUGGCAUUUCUUUAUUCCCUCUUGGCAACAGUUGUCUACGUCUUCUACCAGAACAAGUACCUGAAGAAUAACAGAGGCCCUCUAGUGGAUUUUCUUGUCACAGUCAUCUUUUCUCUGACAUGGCUGCUUAGCAGCUGCAGUUGGGCUAAAAGCCUUAAUGAUAUCAAGACAGCUACAAACCCAACAGAGAUGCUUCUUCUCAUUGCUGCCUGCAGAGAGAAAGGGAAUAGAUGUGCAGCCACACAAGAACCCUCCUGGUCUCGCCUAAACACUUCUGCUGUUUUUGGUUUCGUGAACGUGGUCCUCUGGUCUGGAAAUAUUUGGUUCGUCUUUAAAGAGACGGGCUGGUACAAGACUGGUCAGAGAUACCCAAGCAGGACCUCUUCCAGAAAAAGAUCUAGUGAAAUGCAUGAGAGACUCUACAGUGAAUCUAGUUUUGACCAGCCAGAUGAGAACUUUGGCCCCUUCAGACAGGAAAGUUUCACAGAGUCAAGAGGGGACUUCGAUAAACAGGUCCAGAGACAAGCUAGCAUCAACCAAUCACAAGUAAGCUUUAGCUUACCAGAGACUUAUCUGGGCAAAACUGGGUUUUAUGAAAGAGAAAAUAAAAUUGUUUCUCAAGGACCUGUGAUUUUCGUUAAUGAGAUGUAACCCUUACAGAAUUUGUUAUUCAUGUAACAAUUUAUGUAAUUUAUGUAACAAUUCCUAAUGGAUAUGACAGUCACAGGUAUUUUUAACAAAAGCGUUAAAGUGGGUUUCACACAGAAACAGUGAAACUAAGUAAUAAUUAACGAAAGGCAAAGAUAAGAUAGAAACACUUGAAUCCUUCAGUGAUGGCAAGGUUCAGAUCGAACCUUGCCAUCACUGGCAAGGUUCGGUCAGAAUGUAUAGGCCCUUUCUGGUGUGUUUUUGAUAAGCAGAUUAGGUAUAUGGUGUAAACAUGUACACAACAUCUUUUUCAGGUCUAAUUUUUAUACUGAACUCGCAAAAUCUGAGGGACAUGUAGGUCAAAUUCUGAAAUAUUUUUCUGAAAGUAAAAAAAAGCAGAAACAACAACAGGAAAGGAGAGGCAAAAAAAGACUUGGUAAAUGCCAUCAGAGCAUCUAUAGAAAUAUUGAUAAAGAUUGAUUGAUUGAAAAUUACGCACAAGUCUAUCUCACUGAGUUUAAUAUGGAAAAGACAACAUAGAAUAGACUAGAAUAGACUAGAAUAGAAUAGACACAACCUUUGAUGGUUAAACUCAGGUAGCCUAUACCAGCAGCCAAGUAACAGGCAAAUAAAAUUAUGCUGAUCAAUAGAUUCACAGCUAAACACACACUUAAACUUCCUGUCAUUACAUAAAUAGCUUUCUGUUUUAAAGGGUAAUCUUCCUUUAUGUUUCAUUUCUCUUAUGGGUUAUAGGAUACAGUAUGUGUGCAGUAUGAAAAGUUCAGCACCACUAGAAGAACAUAUGUGAUAGAUUUUUGGUUUUAUAUAGACUGAUUCAUUCAUAGAUAUAUGGUUUGCUUUUGUAGUUUAGUUGUUUGUCUCUUUAUUGAUGGGUUCCUUGAUGUUUAAAUUAUUGUAUCACCUUGAUGUCUAUAUUUGGAGAUUUUAAAUGUGGUAGUUUCCUUGAUUGUUAAUUCUGUAAAAACGCUGUUGUUGUUUUAUCUUUUUGAGGUUAUUAAGGGAUAAAAAAAAAUCAAAUUAAGCUCUUUGACAGAUAAACAAAGCAGGAUUUUUCAAUUUAUUACAAAAAUAUUGGAAUGUUUUUACAUAUUAGGUAGUUUUGUUGUAUGAAGUUUUUUUUCUUCUGUUUUAAAUAUUUUAGUAGUGGCUGUUUAGAUGUGAAAAUCAAGUCCAAUUAAAUGUUACUGUUAAAUAUUGUUCUUCUUUAAUGUGAGCAUACAUUUAUCCUCUUUAUUUCUAUGGAAAGUGAAUCAAAGCAUAAGACAUUUGAUGUAAAGUUAUCUUAAAUAAUAAAUAUAAGAAGUUUACAUUUGGAAAGUA